UAUCCGGUAGUAUUAGACGCAAGUAUUCACGGAUAAAACGUAACUUUUUAGCAAAGUUUGAAAGAUGUAAUAGAAUUAUUUUAAUACUACAUAACAUGGGCGAUAAAAGUCUCCAAGUCGAUAAUGAAGUGCAUGAAUUGAAAUUAGGUUCUAGCUUUGAUCCUAAAUCAAAGGUAGCUUUUCAUUCAAUCCGAUAUGAUUUCAAGCCAGCAUCAGUUGAUACAACUCAAGAUUCAACAGUAGAAGUUGGUGAAGGUCAUCAAAUAACUGUAUCAGUUCCCCAUGUCGAGGGUGCUGGGACUGAUCAUACAGUUUAUAAGGGUCACAAGCGACCAUGUCUGAAGGAAUGUGUGUUAAUUAUAGAUCAUCAGACAGGAACUUUUACCUUAGAGAAACUUACAAAUAACAUACAGUUGAAAAAAACGAGAAUUGAAGGAAGCAGUAAAGCAGCACUUGGUGGAAGACCUCUGACUCCAGUUGAUGUCAACAGACAGAAAAAUUCUCCAGUCAAGCCUAAAAACCCUCCACAAGUCAGUCCACCAUCACACACUAACUCUCCCUCUGUAACACCUGUCAAUCUGCCACAAGAUGAAACGAGUAAAGAUGCCUGUCCUUUUGGUCUUGGUGAAAUAAGUGAUGAUAGCAGUAGUUAUGCUUCCAGUAGUGAUAGUGAUUCUGAAACAGAAGAUAAACCAAAAAACCCUAGUCAAGAAAAAGUUGCUCAAACAGGUGGUCUGUUUAAUAUGCCGACAGUCUCAGCAGUGGUUAAGCCUAGACCAACACAGUUUGUCUCAUCUCUGAGUGAAGAUCUGAGACUAAGUGAAUCAAGUAGUAGUGACAGUGAUGAUGAUUAACAUGAUUAAUAAGUCAAAUGUCCUUUGUGCUAAAAAGUGACCUCUACUACAGGGUAUUACAUUGAUCAUGAGAGAGAAUAUGUGUAAAUGGUUCAAUAAGUGACAACAGUUCGAGAUUAAAUGGUGCUUUUUAUGAAAGCCAUUUUUUAAUGGUUAUUUUACAACAAUGUGUGAUAGAUAAAAUGUAAACAUGUUUUAUCAGAUAAUUUCUUGUACACUAUAAUGUGACCUAGAAAUGUUAGCAUGUGUAUUUUACACCAAUGUGUGAUAGAGAAAUAUCAGAGAGUCUUGAAUGUUAAUAAUUGACUUUUCAAAGUCUUUACUGUAAUGCUUGACUAUUUUAUGUGAUGGAGUGAUAUUAACUGUGGUUUGAACUUGAAUUAGAAAUUUGGUGUGGGUGGAUGGGUUAAUAAAGAGGCUAAUUUAAUUAAUCAAGGAAAGAUAGGGCAGAUGGGAGAGUUGAUAUUUUUCGUUAUUUAUAUGCAACACAUACAUUAUUUGACUUUAUUGUUACCUUUUUCAGACUAACAUUAAAUAUCAUUUGUAAGAAUUCUAGUUUAACUAUAGGAUUUUGAUAAUCUUAUACAGGGAAUUUUUGAAAUGACAAAAAUCUGUUUCUGAAGAAUGAUAUUUGUGAUACAUUGUAUGUCAGUUGAGAAAUGCUCAAGUUUGAGAUGAUACAUGGGAUUUGUAAUUUUUUUCUUUUAAUGGUAUUUGAUUGAUUUUCUCUCUUAAGAUAGCACAAUACAAAGAUUUAUAACUCCAAAUCCAAAGUUUUAAAAUGCUGUAACUUUCUUAAUAAUGCUUGAAAAUUUAUAAAAGUGGUAGUUUUGGAUAGCUAACAAAUUACUCUUUCACAUUAAUGCAAUGUUAGUAUUAUGCAACACUUAUGUAACCAAUUAUAAUGAUAACUGUGUCUAAAAUAUUUUUCACCAAAUUUCCACUUUCAAAUGAAAUUAGCUUCUGCAUUGGUAUCCCUAGAGGUUUGGUUUUAUUAUAUGUUGUUCCUUGGGCCAUUAUCAAAAGGGUGUCUCAGAUUUCAGAUAGAAUGUAUAGAACAAAUUUUACACCUAAUUAAACAUUAUCUUCUUUUAUGUGGUUAGAAUCUUUACACUAAUUAGAGAUUUAUGAGAGAAUGAAAGAACAUAGAGACAAUCUGAGACACCCUUUUGAAGCCCAUGAUGUGUUGAUUAGGAUUUCCUUAAAAUUUUCUGUAUAGUUAAAGAGAUGAUAGAGCUAAAUUCAUUCAAGUGAACUAACCCAGAUUUUGCCACUAAUUACAUAAUAAUUGAUUACACAAUGAUUGCAUAAUAAAAAUUUUGCAUUCAUUUAAAAGAUUAAUCUUUUAUCUAUCUAUAUAUACCUCUUUUAUUAUUUUCUAUGCAUUCAUAAGAAAGUUACAGCUUUUUAAAGGUUAGUGAUUGGAAGUAAAAAAAUCUUUGUAUUGUGCUACCUUAAGGAUACAAGUGAACUUAUGUAAACAACUUCCAUUUACAAUCUAAGUUAUUUCUCUGUUUGUUAC